GAAAGUACUAAGAGGUGUGGUUUUAGUAAGUUUCUAUGUCAACAAGGAAACCUACUAGCAGUGCUAGAAACCCAACACCAGGCUUUGAGCACUAUGUACCUCAAAGAGAACUGCCAGACGAAAUAAAAGAGCUACCAGUGGACGAGACUAGAUGUAAAUUUUGUGGAGUGAGCUACCUUGUGCAUCAUGAAGUGAAGAGACUCGAAGGUCUGCUUGACGAAUUAAAAGGACAAAUUGAUGAGUCCUCUGCUCGUUGUAAUGAGCUAUUGGAGACAGUAGAGAAGGAGCAGAGGAGAGGAGAGAAACUUGAAAAUGAGUUGAUGGCUAUUAAAGACAAAUUAAGCAGCAAAGAAUCGCAUGUAAAACUCUGUCACACAUUGCUGCAAUCAGCAUCAGAAACCACUGGUCAAUGCAACUCAAUGAUCAAGGAUACUAAAGCUAAAUUGUCUUUAGCGUUUAAGACAAUGCUUGUUGACUUUCAGACGAUUAGUCAUCAUUAUGAGCUAUUUGUGUUUUCUACGAUGGAGGAAAAAGAGACUAUGGAAUCAAAGAUUGCUUCAACUGUUCACAAAUGGAAGGAGACAGUAUCUUUGAAAGAGGCUGAUAUACAAAAUUUGAUGAAGGAACUUGAAAAGAAGGAUGCUACACUAGCUCAAUCUACUGUUGAUAAGAAUGAAAUGAAAAGACACUGUGAAGAGAUUGAGGCUGAGCUCUCAAAGACAAGUAAUCAAUUACAGGUCUCCAUUAAAGAAACUGAGAGGCUAUCAGAACAGCAAAUGAGACUCCAAAAAGAGAAAAGAGAUUAUGAAGAACUUUUAAAAAAAGAAAAUACUUUUCAAGCAAAAGAGAUAUUAGAAUUAAAGGACAAGGUAAUGGUGACGGAGAAUAGUUUUAUGUUGGCUCUAGCAGAGAGGGAGAAGCUGGAGAAAUACAGUAAAGAGAAAGAGAUUACAAUUGAGAAAUUUCACAAACAAUUAAUGGAAAAAGAGAAAACAAUUGAAUCACUCAAAUUGGAAAUACAGAGAAAUAAGCAAAGCUCUUCUAUAAAAAUAUUUAACCUUGAGGCGCAAUUAACUCAAAACAAUGAUGAGUUGUCUCUUCGUGUUUCUGAAAGUGAUGUAAAACUAAAUAAUAUAAUAAAAUUAUUGAAACUUGAGCAUCAACAAGCACUACUGAAACUACAAGGAGAGAAAGACAGAGAAUUAACUGCCAAGGUUAACUCUUUAAAAUUGGAGCAUGAAAGAAAAUUGGAAGAACAUAAACUAAGCUCUGAUAGAAUGUUACAGAAGGCUAUUCAAGAAGUAGAGGACAAAUAUAAACCAAGAAUUAAAGAGUUGGAAAAGUCACUUUCAAAGGAGAAACAAACACUAGAUGCUGAAUUAUCAAGACAUGCGUUAGAGAUCAAGGACUUGACAGUAGCAAUAAAUCAGUAUCAAGAUGAACUGGAUCAGAAAGCUGCCCUCUUAAAAGAAUUUGAGAGGAAAGCUUGUGCUUACCAAGAGAAUGAGAAGAAGAAAGAAGCAGAACUGGUACAAAGCCUUAGGAAAGAAAUUUCAAAAUUGGAAGCCAAACUUGCAGAGAAAGGAGCUAAAGUACAGGAAGCUUAUGCUGAGAUAAUAGAUCUUCAGUCCCUAGUUGAGAAACAAAUAUGUGAAAGACAAGAGCUCAUGAAGCGUUAUAAGACAAAAACUCAUUAAGCAUUAUCGUACUAUAAGUAGUCAGCAUAGAUAUUAGAGUAAAUCUCAUUUACUCUAUUAUGUAUGGUAGCCAGUAAGUGUAAUUAACUUUGAGACAACUUUAUCACUAACUAUUAAUCAUAUGAUUAUUUUAUCAACUAAACUUGA